AAUCCAAAGUUCAGUACAGAUUAAUUCUUAGCUUAAUUUACUUUGUACAUUAGUUUGAAGAAUUAUUAAGAUGAGAAGAAAGUGUAAUUUGGAGCUCAGACUUGUUCCUCCUGCCCCAUACUUCGACUCCAUGGGAAAUAAAGAAAGCAUAGAUGAAGAGAAGGAACAACAGAAGCUAACAAUAUUCUAUGAUGGAAAAGUUGUGGUUUCUGAUGCUACUGAGGUUCAGGCUAAAGCAAUAAUACAUCUUGCAAAUAGGGAAAUGAAGGGGAACACAAAAAUACUAUCGUCACUUUCAGAGCCUCCAUCACCAUUAUUACAAUCUCAAACUGAGGUUUCAAUGAAAAAAUCUCUACAAAGAUUUUUGCAGAAGAGAAAAAGUAGAACUCAAGCAAUUUCUCCAUAUCAUCAACAACAAUAA